AUGAUGAUAUCUUUUGCCCAAGGAUCGGGGGUGCUUGUGUGGGGAGAGUGGGGUAGCCAGUUGCAUCGCCUUCAGACGACUGUUAUCAUGAUUUCAUAUCCCUUUUUCCAUUAUUGGAUUUCCCCACCUGUUUUCUGUAGGCUUCUUUCUCUAAGGUUGACGCGAACGAUGCCCGCUAAAGCUGCUUCUGCUGCUGCUUCGAAGAAGAACAGUGCGCCCAAGAGCGCUGUUUCGAAAAAGGUGGCCAAGAAGGGUGCGCCUGCUGCUGCUGCGAAACCCACGAAAGUGGUGAAGGUAACGAAACGCAAGGCAUACACCCGUCCGCAGUUUCGCCGCCCGCACACGUACCGCAGGCCCGCGACCGUGAAACCCAGCAGCAACGUAAGUGCCAUUAAGAAUAAGUGGGACGCGUUCCGGAUCAUCCGCUACCCCCUCACCACUGACAAGGCGAUGAAGAAGAUUGAGGAGAACAACACCCUAACCUUCAUUGUGGAUUCUCGUGCUAACAAGACUGAGAUCAAGAAGGCGAUCCGCAAAUUGUAUCAGGUUAAGACGGUGAAGGUGAACACACUCAUUCGACCUGACGGCUUGAAGAAGGCCUAUAUUCGCCUGUCUGCGUCAUACGAUGCGCUCGACACGGCAAACAAGAUGGGUCUUGUUUAG